UUCUCCCUUGUCAGGUUGUCAGGUUUAUCACACAACCUUUAUGGUGCUUCUGAUAUCUGGCACAAUGCAGGUGUGAUUUUCUUUUUGCUUUGACAUGAGUUGGACAGAAAUUAGUCUGUCGCUGUUUCAUAUUGUUCUAUAUGUUCGAUAAAGGACAAAAAAAGUUUCUUCUCUCCCCCGUCUCCUGCGAGGGCGGAGCGAAGACGCGAGGAAGAGAUUAACCCAGUGUGUGUGGAUGUGGGGCUUUUAUUUCGAAGGGUAAAACCGGAAAAGGAGGUCGACUGUGAGGGUGAGGCAGGGAAAUGUUUCCGGUGAACUUCUCUCCGGGUCGUUUCGGUGUUUGCGGGAAUUUUGGUUUAAACACGGUAGAUUUAAAGCUGUAACAAAGAUGGCGGAACGACCCGCUGAAGGGGAACUUCCGCUGAAUAAAACCCGGUCUGUGGCGAAGAGGGCCUGGGACAGGGAGCGGGACAAAACCCGGGUCAACAUCGGGGUGGCGUUUCAGAGGUGGAGAGCUCUGCGGGCGGCUAAAGGGCUCCAGCUGGACGCGGAACUGGCUCUGCUGCUGCUCGACAGUUAUGAAAACAACCCUGCGGCACAAACGGCCCCGAAGACGAGUUACAGAGGAGUCCACCCUCCUGACCUGUCCAACACUGACCAGGGUUCAGCGUCUGAUCGUUUUGGAGCCGCCAUGGACACGAGGCUGAUGAACGACGUGUCUGUCACCGCGGCCGAUGAGACAACCCAUUACUUCCCUGAGAACCUUGGACCUCCAGCUGAAGAGAUCCUGGAGGUCCUGAUUGAAGAAGACAUCAUUGGUUCCCGUGCGUCCAUCCUUUAUGAAGAGAAUAUACGUCAGCUGGCGACACUGGUUCACCUUCCAGUCAAACACUGUCCCCACACAGUAUCGACAGGACAGUUGUGCCAAAGCCUACCUCCAUUCGAGUGCUCUAUCCAACAGAGGUGUACUGCCUUUGUUGUGGAAUGGGUUUGUCCUCGGGGUCACGUGGUCUGGAGUUGGACCUCACAGCCAACCUUCAAGUUUGGGAUGUUGGCUGGUGACUUGUUGCUCGGGAUGAACAUCCUGUUGAGCGGUAACAGCUACGCCAAAGUCGCCCUGCUGUUCCGCUUCAUGAACAUGGGAGUCGUCAACCCGGUCACCUUCUUCAAGAUCCAGGACUCGUACUGUGUCGACGCCAUCAAGGAGUUCUGGAUGGAGCGGAGAGCGAAGGCCAUUCAGCGGCUACAGGGCAAAGAUGAGGCCGGUUCAGACGUCCAGCAGCAGCUGUUGGUGGUUAAAGAAGAGGUUCCCCCUGAGCAGCAGGAGUGGAGCUCCAGUGUGGACCAGGAGGACCCAGAGCCCCCACACAUUAAAGAGGAAGAGGAGGAACUGUGGAGCAGUCAGGAGGGAGAGCAGCUUCAAGGGCUGGAGGAGGCUGAUAGCACCAAGUUCACAUUCACUCCUGUCCCUGUGAAGAGUGAAGAUGAUGAAGAGAAACCCCAGUCUGAGGGACACCACUGUGGAGGACCAGGACCAGGACCAGUGCCUGAAGACUCUCCUGAACCUGACCCAGAUACUGAUGACAGGGAGACCAGAGACUCUUUAGUUGCUGAGAUUGAAGUCAGUCUUGACGACCUGGAUGAGACCAAAGAACCUCAGUUGGGUUUAAACUCCCGGAAAACUGGCGACGUCCCCAUCAGCGACUCGAGACGCAGUGUCUGUGAGAAACCGUUCAGUUGCUCCGAGUGUGGGAAAAGAUUUGGCAUCAAGACAUCAGUGAACCGACACAUGAGGUGUCACACGGGAGAGAAACGUUUCAGCUGCUCGGUGUGUCAGAAGUCGUUCUCGCAGAGCGGAUAUCUGCACACGCACAUGAGGAUCCACACGGGAGAGAAAAGAUUCAGCUGCUCCGUCUGUGACCAAAGAUUCUCCCAGAAAACACACCUCAACAGACACAUGAUCACGCACACGGGAGAGAAACCGUUCAGCUGCUCCGUCUGCGGCAAAGCUUUCAGCGAGAAUGGGAACCUGAAGAAACACAUGAUCACUCACACGGGAGAGAAACCCUUCAGCUGCUCCGUGUGCGGUAAAGGUUUCAUCCAGAAGGUCAACCUGACGAACCACAUGACGUAUCACACGGGAGAGAAACCGUACAGCUGCUCAGUGUGUCACAAAGGGUUCAUGCAGAAGAUCAAUCUGAAGCUCCACAUGGCUCAUCACACUGGAGAGAAACCGUUCGGCUGCACCAUCUGCGACAAAAGGUUUGCAUCGUGUCAUCGGCUCAAAAGACACAAAUGUGGCGGUCGGCGGUCGGUGCGGCUUCGUUGGACUCAGACUGAGGAUGACGGAGGGGUGGAGCCUCCAGACGGCGGCUCGACUCAACAGACAGAAACAAACACUUUUAUAUGAGAAACAGAGGCUGCCUGUCACGUGCAGCCAUUUUGGAUCAGAUUAUAUCAGCUUUAAGUUUCAUCAUGUUUCUGAUACAGUUAAUGAUAAAAUGUUACUUGCCAAGUUAACUUCCUGUGGCGUGUGAGGUUCCUCAGUGAUACGUGAGCACUGAUGAAACAAAGCAGGUUGUAUCUAAAGCCUCGUUUCCACCGAGCGCUACGUUGUCCCCAUGUUUGGCCCCCCCUCUGUUGGGGCGGAGCUAGAAACCCUGCAGUCUGAUUGGUCAGUAGAGGACGGUCAUUCUGGUUUUAGGCAAGUGUGUGUCUGUAACAGGUGUGUGUGUGUGUGUGUGUGUGUGUGUGUGUGUGUGUGUGUGUGUGUGUGUGUGUGUAUGUGUGUCUGUCUUUCAGUCUUUUCUCAGAUUUUGGUAAAAUAUUUAGUUUUUUUUAUGACUUCUAUAAAGUUUAACAUUUUUCAACAACACCAAAAAUAUUUUUUUUAAGAACAAACUCAUAAAUGUGAUAAUGUGAGUGAAGCUGUCCACCUUCAUGUGUUCAUCACAGGCUGAGUCCACCUUCAUGUGUUCAUCACAGGCUGCGUCCACCUUCAUGUGUUCAUCACAGGCUGCGUCCACCAUCAUGUGUUCAUCACAGGCUGCGGAAAUUAUUCCGUCAGUUUGAAACAAUCAUUUCACCCAUUUUAUAAAUUUUUAUAAACUUUUAAGCAACUUUUAUAAACUUCAGCCCAAAAACAAAAAUCUUUAAUUUUAUUCCAUACGAUCAAACACUGUUUCAUCAUCGUGUCAGACGCUGCAGUACGUGUGUAUUUGUCUCUACAAUUAGGCGCUGUUGAAAAUCCGACCCCCGGGGCGUCAGCGGCUUAGUGGAUAGAGCAGGCGCCCCAUGUACAAGGCUGUUGCUUCAGUGACCCGGGUUCGAAUCCAGCCCGUGGCCCUUUGCUGCAUGUCACUCCCUCUCUCACGCUUGACUGCCCUGCCCAUUAAAGGCUAAAAUGCCCCAAAAUAUAUCUUUAAAAAAAAAAAAACUGAAAGAAAAUCCGACCCAAAAAAAUUCACGUUCUCAUCGGGCUGAUAUUCAGGGGUCAGAGGCCCUCCAGGUCUGGGUGGCGAUCGAGGGCGUCUAAUUUUGAGCCCUAAAAACUGGACUAGUUACCAUGGUAACGUCCCUGAGGUGGACAACCUCUUCCCUCAAUUCGACAGAAUCAUCUGCUCGGAGCACACAGCUGCGUGCACUGGCAGGAAUUGUGGCGGCCAUUGGAUGCCUGUCAUCACUUAACAGACCAAAGGUCUAGGUACCAGGUCUGAAGGGUUCCUGUUGUGACAUCAGAAUCAGAAUCAGAAUGCCUUUAUUGUCACUGCAAAAAGAAUUUGCAACGAAAUUGAAAGUGCUACACCUAUUUCAGUGCUUAGGUAAAAAAAAAAGACAAAAAGAAACAACAACAGGAACAUCCACACAGACAUUCAAUUUAGAAUAAAUUAAGGAAUAUACGUUUAAAAGCAGCGAUGCCCUCAAUAAAAUUGUCAUUAUUGCACCCCAAAAACGAGCAUAAUAUGCACUUAAGCUCAUUUCUUUUGCCCUGGUUGAUGAGCCUGAUGGCCCAGGGGUAGAAACUGUUUUUGAGCCUGUUAGUCUGAGAUUUUAGGCUUCUGUACCUCCUGCCAGAGUGCAGAAUGGUAAACAGUCUGUGGCCAGGGUGUGUGCAGUCCUUUAAAAUCUUGUUGGCUCUGCGGAGGCAGCGGGAGGUAGAGAUGUCCUCCAGGGUGGGCAGAGUGCAGCCAACGGUUUUCUCCGCCAUCUUAAUCACCCUCUGCAGAGCUUUUUUUUCUGCUGCAGAACAACCACAGUACCAUAGCGUGAUGCAUUGCGCCAAUACACUCUCGAUGGUAGAGCGGUAGAAGGCGAUCAGCAGCUGUUGGUUGAGGCCAUUCCUGCGCAGCAGUCUCAGGAAGUGCAUCCGCUGCUGGGCCUUCUUCACUAGGCCUGUGGUGUUGGCUGACCAGGUGAGAUCCUCUGAGAUCUGUACCCCCAGGGAUUUGAAGGUGGAGACCCUCCCCACCCUGACCCCGUUGAUGUGAAGGGGGGCGGGCUCUGCUCCAUGCCUCCUAAAGUCCAUAAUCAGUUCUUUCAUUUUGUUUUCGUUUCGACAUGUUGUGUGGCGUCCCUCAGGGGUCGAUCCUGGGGCCUUUAUUCCUCUUUGACUGUAGUAAACAUUUACAAUAAUAAACUUUUUUACGUUAUUUCACAAUGCAAUAUUUUUCUUGUAAUGCAAAAAAUAGAUUUUCUUCAUGUCAGUAAUCAACAAGUGAAAUUUCAUGCUGAUAUUUGUGAAUCUAAAGUUUUAACCUAGCGUCUUUUAUUUGUUCUAAAACUUUGGAAUUUGAUCAAAUGUAUCUCUAAAAUAAGUUUACUCACACUCUGAGCCAGAAAUCUCGUAACGUAGAAAGUGUCACAUUGUCUCUGAGUUAGCCGCUAACUGCUAACAGCUGUUGUUCUUUGAGUUGAGUUGAGUUGGUGGUUUGAGGUCAAAGGUCACUUUGGCACAAAUGUCCACUUGGACUAGAGGAUAAACGGAUUAGAAUUUGAUGGUCAGAGGUCACUGUGACCUUGUGUCUGGGUCAUUCUCAUGAAUGCAAUAUCUCAAGAACGCCUCAAAGCAAUUUCUUUUAAUUUGGCACAAACAUCCACUUGGACUUGGACUAAAAAAAAAAAAGCUGAUAAGAAUUUGGUGUUUAAAAAUCAAAGGUCACUUUGACCUUGCAUUUUCUCAUUCUCAUGAACACAAUAUAUUAAGACAGCCUUGAGGGAGUUUCCUCAAACCAGCUCAAGGAUUUUUCAUUUAAUUUCUAAUUUUUUUUAUCAAAUUUGGCACAAACGUCCACUUGGACUCAGGAUUAACCGAUUUGUUUUUGUUGGUCAUAAGUCUAAGGUCAAAGUCACUGUGACCUUGUCUGUCUCAUUCUAGUGAAUGUGAUAUCUUAAAAAUGCCUCAAGGGAAUUACUUCAAAUUUGGCAUAAAUGUCCACUUGGACUUGGGAUGAACUGAUGAUUUUUGGUGGUCAUGGAUAAAAUAUCAAGGUGGCUAUGACCUUGCAUCCAUCUCAUUUAUGUGAACAACAUCUUUGGAACAGCUUGAGGGAAUUUCUUUAAAUUUGGUGCAAACGUCCCUUUUGACUGAACAGGUUUGAGUUUAGUGGUCAAAGGUCAAAGGUCAAUGUGACCUCACAAAACAUGUUUUUGUCUAUAACUGAAGAAUUCAUUCACUAAUUCUGACAAAACUUGACACAAAUGUCUAACAGGAUAAAAU